AUGCAAGACACGCCAUGUACUCAGUUCUUCUUCAGAAUCGUGAUGUCAUUUGAAUGCGUUCAAGGGUUAGCACAAUGGCAUAAUAGCUAUUCAAUAAGCCGAGAAGUAGAGUUUUUUGGACCGGAAGAUGUGACUACUUGUUGGUUCCGGGCUGUUGAGGAUUGUCUAGUACCUGGUCAAGUCAAUGGUCCAGUUAUAGGCCAUGAACCAGUGGAGGUACAGCCGGUGAAUGGAUGGAAUGGCUCUAUGAUUGCAGCUGAAAAUCAGUAUUUUUGA